CAAAACGUCUAGUCUAGGGGUAGAGUACUGAAUGAAAUGAUCCUGGGUCGGCUGUUGGGGACACCACGUACCAGGACGAAAGUUGAACGGCAUCAAGGUUGAUUGUACUAUUUGUCGAAGACGGAAUCUGCAAAGGGUGAACGGAGUCUCGAAGCAGGCGUUUGACGGAGAGAAGUGGCCAGCUUCAUUUCACUGCUCUUACAGGACGAUGGAGACUGAACUCGAACAACAGGAAGAGGAGACUACUUUCAGCAACACUGAUACCAACGGGAAACGUCCAGCUGAGGACACAGAGGAGGAGCAGGCCUUUAAGAGGUCCCGCAACACAGACGAGAUGGUGGAGCUCAGGAUCCUACUGCAGAGCAAAAACGCAGGAGCCGUGAUUGGAAAGGGGGGGAAAAACAUCAAAGCUCUCCGCACCGACUACAGUGCCAGUGUAUCAGUCCCAGACAGCAGUGGCCCAGAGCGCAUUCUGAGCGUGUCGGCGGACAUCGAGACCAUCGGAGACAUCCUCCUGAAGAUCAUCCCCACUCUGGAGGAGUACCAGCACUACAGCGGCAUUGACUUUGACUGUGAGCUGCGGCUGCUCAUACACCAGAGCCUGGCCGGGAGCAUCAUCGGGGUCAAAGGAGCCAAAAUCAAGGAGCUGAGAGAGAACACCCAGACCACCAUCAAACUGUUCCAGGAGUGCUGUCCCCAGUCCACGGACCGGGUGGUCCUGGUGGGGGGGAAGCCGGAGAGGGUGGUGGAGUGCAUCAAGGUCAUCCUGGAGCUGAUCUCCGAGGCCCCCAUUAAAGGCCGCGCCCAGCCGUACGACCCCAACUUCUACGACGAGACGUACGACUACGGCGGCUUCACCAUGAUGUACGAGGAGCGCGGGCGGCGGCCCAUGGGCUUCCCCAUGCGCGGGCGCGGCGGGUUCGAGCGCAUGCCCCCCGGCCGGGGCGGGCGCCCCAUGCCCCCCUCCCGCCGGGACUACGACGACAUGAGCCCCCGCCGCGGCCCCCCUCCGCCGCCGCCGCCGCCCGGCAGGGGGGGCCGGGGGGGCAGCCGGACUCGCAAUCUGCCCCUGCCCCCGCCCCCGCCCCCCAGAGGAGGGGGCGAGAGGAGAGGCAGGCCGGGAGACCGCUACGACAGCAUGAGUGGCGGUGGAUAUGACAACAACUCGUCCUGGGAGCCCUUCCAGUCCGGAGGCCGGGGGUCCUACGGAGACAUGGGCGGCCCAGUCAUCACCACGCAAGUCACCAUCCCCAAAGACCUGGCGGGCUCCAUCAUCGGGAAGGGAGGCCAGCGGAUAAAGCAGAUCCGUCACGAGUCGGGGGCGUCCAUCAAGAUCGACGAGCCGCUGGAGGGGUCGGAAGACCGCAUCAUCACCAUCACCGGCACGCAGGACCAGAUCCAGAACGCCCAGUACCUAUUGCAGAACAGCGUGAAGCAGUACUCCGGUCGGUUCUUCUAACGGAGAGGAGUGAGAGUGAAGGAAAACAGCCCUGCUUCUGUCAUAAAGAGAACAUUCCUCUGCUUUAGGUAGACGCAGCCCCCCCCCACCCCACCCCCACCCUGCUUCUCCAUACGCCGUGCGCCAUUUUAACUCUCUCACACCUUCAGCUAAAUGUGUGGAACUUCACUAAGGCAGUGGAACGACUGCGUUUGAUUUCUUUUCUCCACUUGGUUUUGUUUGGUUUGUACCGUUUCUGUAAUUAGGAUAAACUUGUGUGGUUGUGUGCGUGGGUUUGUAUGCGUGCGUGGUUGCGUGCGUGUGUGGUGCGUGUGUGUGUUCACUAUAUGGGCAAAGAUGUGGCCACAGCUAUUUGGUGCGACAUGCAGAAUAUAAUUGGUCCUGUAACAUUUUAUUUUUAAAUGUACAUUUAGGAAAAUGUACUUCUGCUAUUUUAGUUAAAAGGCUAGGGGCUGUAUAAAUGUAAAUAUACAGUAAUUGUUUCUAAAUGUUUUAUAACAUUUUAUUUUCCAUAAGGUUGUCUUUUUUUCUUUUCUCCUGUGGGUAAUGUUUUACUGUAUUAAUUGGACCAAAAAGAGGGGCGGGGCUUUGGUGACGAUUGCUGCUCACUGUUUUUUCGAUACAGCAUGUUAGGUCUGCGACUAUCAUUCAGAUUUAAUUUCUGCCAUUUUGGCGAAGCCCAUUAGUCUUGCUGAAGCUUGUUUUCUAUUUGUGUACGUGAGCAUUUUUUAAUAUUUCGGACAGGGCCUGCGUAUUGGUCCCACGGGGAGCUGAGGUGCCUGGUCUUUGUCAUGUUUGUAAUUCCAUCUCUUCCUCUGCCUUUCUGCUGUAGAGUUUGAGUAAUAAAGACUGUGCCACCUUUUAAA